UUAUAGCCAAUCCGACUGUUGUGAGGUUAACUUACCGUUUUCGUGACAGGCAUUUUUGCAGUAUUUGCUGGUUGCACCGUAACGACAGAAACGAAAACGAGUUGUAGCAAUGGAGUGUUUGAUCGGAAUUCAAUGUAAAGAUUUUGUGCUGGUUGCAGCGGAUAUGACAACCACACAGUCCAUUAUAGUUAUGAAAAACGAUGAACACAAGAUUCAUAAGAUCUCUGAUAAGCUUGUCAUGGCAAUAUCUGGAGAAUCGGGUGACACAACACAAUUUUCCGAGUACAUUGGCAAGAAUAUCCAGCUGUACAAGAUGAGAAAUGGCUAUGAGCUAUCUCCCAAGGCUGCAGCUUGCUUUACAAGGAGAAAUCUGGCUGAUCAUCUUAGAAGUAGAACUCCGUAUUUUGUUAAUAUGCUGAUGGCUGGAUACGACGAUGAUACUGGGCCAGAAUUAUACUUUAUUGAUUACUUGGCAUCAUGUGUGAAAGUUCCUUACGCAACUCAUGGAUAUGGUGGAAUGUUUUCUAUGUCUGUCUUAGAUAGAUAUCACAAAUAUGAUUGUACCGAAGAAGAAGCAUAUUCAUUAUUAAAGAAGUGUGUUCGAGAAAUUCAGAAACGUUUAAUCGUUAAUUUACCAAAUUUCAAAGUUCAAAAAAUAUCCAAGGAUGGAAUUACAAAUAUGCAGCCAAUCACGUCUCAAAACUUGGCUGUGGAAAGUGCUGCCCAAGCAUAAUAAAUUAUACACUUUAUAUCUUUUUAUUUGUUAGAAAAACAUUUCCAUUGUAAGAAUAAAAUAUCUAAAUAAAUUUGAUGAUAAAAU